AUGGCCGCGGUCAUGGUGAUGGGCUGUGGGCUGGUCAGUUUGUUGGGGAUUGUGACCAAUGUUAUUAACAUCAUCGUCUUCAUCAAGCAGAAGCUGAAGGACAGUGUCAACAUCAGUUUGCUUGCUCUAGCGAUAGCGGACUUCCUGUGUGUGGUCAGUAUGUUCUGGAUGUGCUUCUCCUGCAGCCCCAUCUUUGCCAUGUUGGAACUGCCCUUUAACGCAUUCGAUAUCACCUACAUGACCGGCACCUGGACUCGCCUGUGCUCUAACAGAUAUUUUAUUUUACAUGUCUACAGAACCGCAAGCUUUAUCAACGCCUUUAUCACUCUGGAGAGAUGUUUAUGCAUCGCCUUGCCUCUCAAAGUUAAAGACAUCAUCACGCCUCAAAGAACAAUGAUGAUCAACGCUUUCAUUUUUAUAUUUAUGAUUGCCAUCUUCUCUCCAUUUUACUACGUCAACAGACUGGAAUGGCGCCUUCACCUACCCAAAAACAAAACACUUCUCACACUUGUGUUCACAGAAGAUAAAGUAUUUGUUGAAACAAUCACAUUUCCGAUUCACAGCGUAGCUAUGUCGGUGUUAGCACUGGUCUGUGUUGUCGUCUGCACGAUUAUCCUAAUUAUCAAACUAAACAAGAAAUCAAAAUGGCGACAGGAGAACGCCACAUCAAAUUCAACAACCCUUGACACGUCCUCGCGUAAAGAACAGAAAGUAGUCAAGAUGGUGACUUCAAUUUCAGUUGUGUUUAUCGUUUGCUACACGCCUUCAACAGUGACGUUCGUCAUGAUGACGUGUUACCCAGAGUUCAGUCUGACCGGGAAGUUUAUGAACACAUGGUACGUUGUUUGGUCACUGACUGUACUUCUAGAAACUAUUAAUUCUUCUAUAAAUAUUUUUAUUUACUUUAAUAUGAGUUCAAAGUUUAAAGCAGUCAUUUUAAGUAUGUGUCCUAAAUUGUAA